AGGAGAAAUAUGUAAUAUGUGAUAAAAUAACGUUGUAUUCUCCACAUAUUACAAGUGGUAAUCCAGAAUACAGUACACAUUAGGGUUUAGAUACUUUCUUCAAAUUGCUUGUAGGAAACAAGAUCAAUAUUUAUUUGAUCCAAGUUUUAUGGAUAAUGAUGUCUGGUGAUUCAAGAGGGAAGAUCUCUGAAAUUGCUCCAAGGUCAUUUCAAGAGUCUUAUGGUCUUUUUCAAAAAUAUGCAGAUGGGGCAUCAUCAUCUUCAACACUCAUGGAUGCAGAAAAUUGUGACAGUUGGCAACAAUUCAGAUUGUUUCCAUCCACGUCUGAGACCAGCUAUGGCUCCUAUGAAUUCUUUGGUCUUGGAGCCCCUGAUGCUGGAAGUUCCUGUGAUGGCACACAAACUGCAGCUGUACUAGAUGACGUGCUAGACUGCCGUUUACCUUAUUUGGGUUCCUCUAGGAGGUCCAGGUCACCAUUUUCAGACAGUGAUAGCAGCCAGUACACGUCCUUCAGUGAUAUCUCAGGCUCGUCUACAUUAUUUGAUACACCAUGUUCGAGGCCCAGACCCAUUGGCUCACGUGGGAGAGGAGGAGAUACUGCUGCAAUGUGUAGAGUGAAAAGCAGAGGGAUUUUCAGGUCAAGAGGUGCUGUUAACUUCCAGGGCUUUUAUUCAAAUAUGGCAACGCCAGUAUCUCGUGGCACAAAGCGGAUGCUGAUGGCUUCAGUCCCACCAAGCAAGUUUGCCAAGAAGCAGAGGGUUGAAAUGAGUGCAGGAUUGAAUUUUGAAAAGGACAGUCAUAUUUCCUCUGAUGGAAAGGACAUGAAGGUAAAAGAAGCCGUGGAGGAGAAGCGUGUUAGAGUCCGAGAGAAACGAAGACGUAGACGAGAAAAGAACUGUGAGAAAUAUGGAGACAAGCACAGAUUAGCUUUCACAUGUGCCUUUUGUAAAUUUCGGACGUUUGAAGACAAAGACAUUGAGAAGCAUUUUGGAAGUACACAUCAUCAUGAAACACUUGACUACAUACGACGGCAGGCUAAGUUUGAUGACCGGGUCAUCAAGUUUCUCCAUGAUUGUAUGGUACACAAGUUUCGUAAGACUGUGACUACUUUGUGCAAGUUACACGGCCUUUCAGGCCAGAAAGGCAACCAGAAAGUCAUGGAAGGGAUUACCGAGGAUGACUACAUGAGAAAGGUGGAAAUGGUGCACUGUAUGGCCUGCAACAUAUACAUUCCUGCCGUCUUUACUUCUGUUCAGCAGCAUCGCCGUUCAUCUCUACACCAAAAAAAUAAAGUGGUGUACAAAGAGCAGCUGAAACGGGAGAGUGUGCUGACAGCAAAAGCCAUAAUAAAUAAUGACAGUUUUAAAGUUCGCUAUGAGAAGUACAUCAAGGGAGAAGACCCUUUUGUAACGGAUGCUAAAGAAGACACUAGCUCAGAUUUGUCUGAACCUGAGGAAUGAUAAUAUGAAAAAUGAUGACUGACAUGAACAUGCUCUAAUGCUUUAUAUAAGUCUUCUCAGUCCAUGUGAUGUCCUACAGCUUUGCCAUCUCUAAAGUUGUGCAGUUGGAGGUUAAGCCUCUCAAUAUAAGGUUGAUCAUUUUUAGUUUAACUUUAUUGGCAGAAAUACAGGUGUUGUGUAAGAUACCAGGUUUACUGUGUUAAGUAUUGUAUUAGUAGUGGAUAGUUGUUUAAAUGAGUGUGCAGUUGUGUAUUGGACAAUGCAUGUAUGCAAUGAAGUCUCUCAUGCCA